GGUAGUGGUACCGUACUACCGGCUCGGUCAGACUCGCAACGGGAACAGGUCAGCGCGGGUUUAUUUACAGGGCUCGGAUUAGUAGCUGGAACCUGAAACCAACGUGAAGCGUCCAUAGCAACGUCCCCUUGUCACUAUGAUAAAAGUUUUAUAAGUGAUGAUUAUUGUGACUUUCUUCUGAUGCACAGCUUUAACGUUACACAAGAUUUUUGAGUAUUAUCACUCAAAAUGAAGGAUGAGUCAAAUAUUUGUAGUGAGUCAGAUGAAAUUUCAGGGGAGGAUGAUGAAGAAGAUGAAGGAGAGGAGCACUCUGAAAAUGAAAAUGUUGAAACAAAAAGUGCAACAAUUGUAACUCUUCAAUUGGAGGAUUCUUCAGUUAAACCAGAAGGUUCAUUAGCAGCAGAAAUACCUUUAAACCCGCAAGGGGGAAAUGAAGAACAUUCAAGCAUUAUAAGUGAUAAACUCAGUAAACCUUUAAAAAACAAUACAACAAUAGAUGCAUCAAAGAAGAAAAAAAAGAAAAAGCGCAGGAUAAUUGGUAUCAAUUUAACCAGCUGCAAGUAUGAGAGUGUACAUCGAGCUGCCAGUCAUUGUGGACUGAAGGAAGUUGGAGAUGAGGAUGAGUGGACAGUUUACUGGACGGACUGCUCUGUCUCACUGGAGCGUGUGAUGGAGAUGAAAAGAUUUCAGAAAAUCAACCAUUUUCCAGGAAUGAGUGAGAUAUGUAGGAAAGACCUGCUGGCUAGAAAUAUGAAUAGACUACUUAAACUCUUUCCAAAAGAGUACAGCAUCUUUCCACGAACAUGGUGUCUGCCUGCUGACUAUGGAGAUUUCCAGGCCUACUGUCGCACUAAGAAAAACAAGACAUACAUCUGUAAACCUGAAAGCGGCUGCCAAGGAAGAGGCAUUUUUCUCUCACGGAACAUGAAGGACAUAAAACAUGGUGAUCACAUGAUCUGUCAACAGUAUGUUUCUAAGCCAUUCCUCAUCGAUGGAUUUAAAUUUGAUCUGCGUAUAUACGUCCUUGUCACCUCUUGUGAACCCCUACGCAUUUUUAUCUACAGGGAAGGUCUGGCACGUUUUGCAACCAUGAGUUAUACAGAACCAAGCAAUAAUAAUCUGGAUGACGUCUGUAUGCAUCUGACCAAUUAUGCCAUCAACAAAAACAAUGAAAACUUUAUUAGAGAUGAGUUAUCUGGCAGUAAAAGGAAACUGUCAACACUGAACACCUGGUUGGAAAACAACAAGUAUGACACAGCCAAACUCUGGGAAGACGUUGAAGAUGUCAUUAUCAAGACCCUUAUUUCUGCCCAUCCUAUUCUUAAGCACAACUACCGCACCUGCUUCCCAAACCACAUUGCUGGCAGCGCCUGCUUUGAGAUUCUAGGGUUUGACAUUCUCCUUGACAGGAAGUUAAAGCCUUGGCUCCUAGAGGUGAAUCAUUCGCCAAGUUUUACCACAGAUUCUCGUUUGGACCGAGAAGUCAAGGAUGCACUUUUGCAAGAUACCCUUAACUUGAUCAACCUCCGUGCUUGUGACAAACGCAAGGUUAUUGAGGAAGAUAAACAGCGAGCUAAAGAGCGCUUGUUCCUGCGAAACCCACCUCGCGAAGCUAGACGUGAACAAUUGGAAAGCACCCAAGCUGCUUGGCUGGAACAGUUAGAAAAAUAUGAGGAUAGUCAUCUGGGAGGUUAUCGGCGGAUUUAUCCACAGGAUAGAGGAUACCAGUAUGAAAAGUUUUUUAAACACAGUGGAUCUUUGUUCCAGGAAACUGCUGCUUCAAGGGCAAGAGAGGAAUGUGCUAGGCAGCAAAUAGAAGGACUACGUUUAAAGCAAGACCAAAAGGGAAUUACCGAUGGAAAGAAGAAAAGAGAUUAUAAGGAACGUUUACAAGGAGAAUCAGCAGGUGAAAAGCCUAUAAAGAACAAGGGACCAGUGAGACCUAUAGCCCGUGCUGCCUCCAGUAGCGGUGAUAUUUCAGAGAAAAAGUUGCAGGACGUAAAAAUGGACUCUAUGAAACCGGUUGAUAUUGAUGAAAAAGAGGAACUGGAAAGAAUGAAAUGGCUUCAGCAACGUGAAAAGCUCAUUCGUGAUCUUGGUAUUGUGACACAGAUUAACAGACUGCUACUCAUGGUCGAUACCAAAUUUGCAGACCACCAAGGACAUGAAGAUAAUUCAAUUGAAGCCCAUACAAGAAAUCAGCCUCGAUAUACAAAUGGAUUGCUAAUGUGUCGAGAUGUUAAUACUGUAAUGUCUGUUGGCCCCUUUGCUGACCUAGGAGUAGCAGAAGUUGAAGCAGUAACACAGAGGAUUGCCCAUGCCUCAGUUAACCAACAAAGAUUCGGGUAUCCGACAUACAUUUCUGGAUUAAUGACAUUAGGGGGAGGUCCCCGUCCUCCAACACAGAAUGCAUUGAAGAGAUAUGCACACCAAAAAACACUGCACUGGAAUGGGGUCCAAAAUGUACAGACCGCUAUAGUUGGCAAUGACCCAUUGCCUGUGGCCAGGGCAGUGAAUGGUGUAACACAAAUAAGAUUGUCUAGUGCCAAAUGCAAGAUCAAUCCAAAAGUACCAGCCAACAGAAAGCCAAGCCGUUAUGGUAUUAUACCUGGAUCUCUAUCUACCUUGCCUCCUAAUGGAAAGGGUCUGUGUGUACCUUCUGCUGUUUGUAUUCUGCCGGCUGUCAGUGGGAUCUCAUCAGCAGAUCGACAUUUAUCCACAGCAACAUUGGCUCCAGCUUCACAAAGCCAAAAUCCUUUUAACCGAAUUCAUUUGAAUAUUAACUGGAGAUGGAUCUAGACAUGUGCCAACUAAUUCUAUUCGGUGAUCUAAGAGAAAUGUGAUUUGGGCUUAGUAGUGCAUUUUGUAAAGAGAUGGGAGAAUGAGUUAAAAAAAAAAAAGGUUGUAAAGAUAAACUGGAAACAUAUUGAACUACUGAGAACAAACCUUUGUCAGACUGGGUAAAAUGUCAUGCCACAUGAAUUAUAGAAGCCACAUAGUUUGUUACAAGUUUAUUCACAGCCAAAAUAAUCUAGCAACAAUUGCACAUGAGCUAUCCCUAAUGUGAUUUGUUUAGACUGGGUGUUCUGUUAUUCUAUGCACAGUAAUGUGCUCAGUUAUUACUGCUGCAGGGGUAUGUAAAUAACAGGGAAAGGGCUUUUAUCUAAUACAUGUUUGUACCUCUUGUGAAACCACUGCACUGAAAGUACUUAAAUAAAUAAAAAAAAAUAUUCUUA